CCCGUCUCUCUCUCUCUCUCUCUCUCUCUCUCUCUCUUCACAAAUCAUCGAAUCAGAGGCAGCCGGCGGUUGACAUUGAGAUCGGUUCUAGAAAAGGUUGAGUUACAAUGUCUGUGGCUGAUGAACCGCUAUACCCUAUAGCCGUGCUCAUAGACGAGCUGAAAAAUGACGACAUCCAGUUGCGGUUGAACUCCAUCCGCAGGUUGUCGACAAUUGCCCGUGCUCUCGGGGAAGAUCGAACGCGGAAGGAGUUGAUUCCGUUUCUGAGCGAAAACAAUGAUGACGAUGAUGAGGUACUUCUUGCAAUGGCAGAAGAGUUGGGGGUAUUUAUUCCGUAUGUUGGCGGAGUGGAACACGCACAUGUUUUGCUCCCGCCCUUGGAAACACUUUGCACUGUUGAGGAAACCUGUGUGAGGGACAAGGCUGUGGAGUCGUUAUGUAGAAUUGGGUCUCAGAUGAGGGAGGGUGACUUAGUCAACUGGUUUAUUCCUCUUGUCAAGAGGUUGGCAGCUGGCGAGUGGUUUACAGCCCGAGUCUCUGCAUGUGGCCUUUUUCAUAUCGCGUACCCAAGCGCAUCUGAGACAUUAAAGACAGAGCUCCGGUCGAUAUACAGUCAGUUGUGUCAAGAUGACAUGCCUAUGGUUAGGAGGUCUGCUGCAACGAAUCUGGGGAAAUUUGCCGCAACUGUUGAACCAGCUCAUCUGAAGAGUGAUAUCAUGUCUAUAUUUGAGGAUCUUACACAAGAUGAUCAAGACUCUGUUAGACUACUGGCUGUUGAGGGUUGUGCUGCUCUUGGAAAGUUAUUGGAGCCCCAAGAUUGUGUUCAGCAUAUCCUGCCGGUUAUUGUCAACUUCUCUCAGGAUAAAUCUUGGCGUGUGCGGUAUAUGGUCGCAAAUCAACUAUAUGAGCUUUGUGAAGCUGUGGGUCCUGACCCUACAAGGACUGACUUGGUUCCAGCAUAUGUGCGAUUGCUUCGAGAUAAUGAGGCUGAAGUCCGUAUAGCCGCUGCUGGAAAAGUUACUAAAUUUUGUCGGAUUUUAAACCCCGAACUUGCGAUUCAGCAUAUUCUUCCUUGUGUAAAGGAAUUGUCAUCAGAUUCUUCCCAACAUGUCCGAUCUGCUUUGGCUUCAGUUAUCAUGGGAAUGGCUCUUGUAUUAGGAAAGGAUGCUACAAUUGAACAGCUCCUUCCCAUUUUUCUUUCACUUCUGAAGGACGAAUUUCCUGAUGUGCGCCUCAAUAUCAUUAGCAAGCUGGAUCAAGUGAAUCAGGUUAUUGGAAUCGAUUUGUUAUCUCAAUCCUUGUUACCAGCCAUAGUUGAGCUUGCUGAGGAUAGACAUUGGAGGGUUCGACUUGCAAUUAUAGAGUACAUACCUUUGUUGGCAAGUCAGCUGGGUGUAGGGUUCUUCGAUGAUAAGCUCGGUUCCCUUUGCAUGCAAUGGUUGCAAGAUAAGGUUUACUCAAUUCGUGAUGCUGCUGCUAAUAACUUGAAGCGCCUUGCUGAAGAAUUUGGUCCAGAAUGGGCAAUGCAGCACAUUGUUCCACAGGUUCUGGAGAUGAUUGAAAAUCCACACUAUUUGUAUCGAAUGACAAUUCUGCGUGCAAUCUGCCUCCUUGCCCCCGUUAUGGGUUCAGAAAUCACAUGUUCAAAACUUCUUCCGGUGGUUGUCACAGCGUCAAAGGACAGAGUACCCAACAUUAAGUUCAAUGUGGCAAAGGUGUUGCAGUCCCUUAUCCCCAUAGUUGAUCCGUCGGUUGUGGAGAAGACAAUUCGUCCCUCUUUGGUUGAGCUCAGUGAGGACCCAGAUGUUGAUGUCCGAUUUUUUGCCACCCAGGCACUUCAAGCAAUUGAUCAUGUAAUGAUGUCAAGCUAGCCAGGUUUCUUUUCGUACUAGUUGUUCAAGAGUAAUGGUUAAGAGGAAGAUACCGUUUCCACAGAUCAGAGUAGUCAUAUAAUCUUUGCUGGAGCUUCUGAGUGUGCUAGUACUUUGUGCCUAACAUGUGGGACUGUUUUGGCCACUGAAAGUUUAUGUCAUCUCGUAUAUCAGUAUAUGUUAUAAUUGUAUGAUAAUAAGCUUUCAAAUUCCUUCGUUUCUUUUUGCUUAUUUCGGUCAGCAAUUUGUUGUUUCUAUCGGGCCUUUGCGAGUAGGACAAUAUUGUUUAGAAUUCGACAAUCAUUAUAUCUUGUUGGUGAAUAAUAUGUAAUAUUGAAGCACAUGUUGAAAGUAAUUUUUCCCCACACAUCA